AUGCGCUUCUCUAUUGCAUCCAUCCUCUUCCUUGGAGCGGCCUUGGUUGCUGCCGGCCCUGACGAUGCUCCAGCUGCCUCCAAAGGCACUCACGCCCUCAGCCGAGAGGGUAACUCCCAGCUGAAGGCCCGUGGCCUAUUCUCCCGCAGUGACUCCUGUUCCGGCAAAUUCGUUACCUGUGUGAGCUGCUUCGGUGCUGGUUAUAGGGAAUGCCCCGGCGAUUCGUCCAAGUGCUACAACCCAGACGUCCCUGAGUACUCUACCUGCGGCGGAACCUCUGGCGGCUCUGGUGGCUCUGGUGGAAGCUCUGGUGGCUCUGACUCUUGCUCUGGUAAGGGUGUUACCUGCCAGAGCUGUUUCGGCAGUGGUUACAAGGAAUGCCCCAACGAUGCGACCAAGUGCUACAACCCAGAUGUCCCAAAAUACUCCAAGUGCAGCGGAAGCUCCUCUGGUGGUAGCGGUGGCUCCGGCGGCUCUGGCGGCAGUGGUGCUAGCGAUGAGAGCUGUGCUCGCACUUACGGUGCUGGAAACAAGCUCUGCGGUACCAACAGCUGCUACGACCCUACCGCAGGAGAAACUUGCUGCGCCAACACCGGAAGUCACUGUGACAGAGGCAAGAAAUGUUCUAAGUCUGGAACCCUUUGCUGUGCUCCUGGCUCAAGUAACCCAGACUGCAGAGGUACUAGCUCCUCCGACAACACUUCAACCUCCUCCACCAGCACUGCAACUUCUACCUCCCGCUACGGAAGCUCUUACCCAACUUCCACUAACGUCAUUGGCUCUGGUCCAUCAUCUCUACCAGAUACUCCCAAAGGCAAUGGCGCUGGCUGUGUGGCCCCUGCUGCCGUUCUCCCCAUUCUCGCCGGUGGAUUGGGCUUCAUCGCCGCCCUCUAA